ACGACGUUUAAUCCAACAGUACCCAUCCACUGCUACGAAGAAUAUCCAACUAAAACUGUUGUGAUAGUGAACGGAAAAACGUUUUCCGGCGCCGGCGAAAGAAGAUGGCUGCCAGAGCGAACAACCUCCUCGCCUGCGUCUUCACUCCACCCCCACCCAAACCCAAAUUCGCUGGAAUCUCUACCCGCCGACUCUCAUUCCUUCACACUCGGACCUGCUUCUCCAUAGCCACCAAAGCCCCAACGAUUCCCCGGAAAAGUUGCCUCCAAAUACGCAGGAGUUCACUCACCACUCCGAGCUCACAGGACCCUGUUCUUGAAGAGGACUCCUCGGAGGUCGAGGAUGAAGACGGCGGCGGCGAGAAUGGAGGGGACGAUGGAGAGGGAUGGGGCUGGACGCUGUCGUUUCUCCUUUUCGGAUUUUGGGCUGGCCUCAUGUACUAUGUUCUCGUCCUCGCCCCUAACCAGACCCCGUCAACAGAUUUGUAUUUCCUGAAGAAGCUGCUUAACUUGAAAGGAGAUGAUGGUUUCAGAAUGAAUGAUGUUCUUGUGGCUGAAUGGUACAUAAUGGGUUUAUGGCCUGUAGUAUACAGUAUGCUGCUGCUUCCUACUGCUAGAACCCCCAAGUGCAGUGUUCCUGUCUGGCCCUUCCUUGUCCUUUCAUGCAUUGGUGGUGCAUAUGCUCUCUUUCCUUUUUUUAUUCUCUGGAAGCCCCCGCCUCCACCUGUUGAAGAAACCGAGCUCAGAAGAUGGCCUUUGAACUUCCUUGAAUCGAAAUUAACUGCAGGGAUUCUGUUGGCUUCGGGGCUAGGAUUAAUAGUUUAUGCAGGUAUUUCUACUGGGGACUGGAAGGAAUUUUACCAGUACUUCAGACAGAGCAGAUUUAUCCAUACAAUGUCUAUUGAUUUUGUUCUACUCUCAGCAUUCGCCCCAUUCUGGGUGUUCAAUGACAUGACAACUCGAAAGUGGUACGACAAGGGUUCUUGGCUUCUUCCUGUGUCAGCCAUUCCAUUCUUGGGUCCUGCAUUAUACCUUCUCCUACGGCCACCAGUCCCAGCAGUACAGGCUUCCUCAAGCCCGAGUUCUUUAGAAGAAGAGUAAUGUGUCGGCCCCUUUUGUGAUGUUGAAUCUGGAUACCCCCUCACAUCAUGUAGCAACACAAAAGAAAAGCCACUCGAAGAUUGUUAACAUAUAUACUGCCAGCUUUCAAAUGCCAGGAUGAAGAACCACCGGGAUUCAAAUCGAGCUGGUGCAUGUUGCAGAUGUAAGCUGCAGCCAAUGGAGCUCCUUUUGCUGCAUAUCCAGAAAAAAAAAAAAAAAUUUAAAAAUGUUACAGUUUUUUGUUACUAAAUACACAUGUCAAAUUCCAGA